AUGGCCAGUAAUGAGCUGCGGAAAUUACUAAAGCAAGAACGCCAGAUUCGGAGCAUCAUGGAUGCCAUGAAAGAGUUUCGGCAGAAUUACAACGAAGUUCGCGAUAAAAGUUCAUUGCUAAUUCGAAUUAAAAAACUGGACGAUGUGUAUGAGCUGUUUUGUGAAGUGCGCAUGCAAAUCGAAUUGAUUAUUGAGGAUACGGAUGGAAGUGAAGAAUUCGUUGACCCAGAUGAAACUGUGGAUGCUCAAGCCCGCAAAAUGGCGGCAAAUAAGCACAAAAGAGACAUGGACAAUACGCAGAUUCUGAAAGAAUUCAUCAGUGAAUAUUUUGUGCUAAAGCAAUCAUUGGAAGACUUAUUGUGCCCUUCGAUGUUGAAUCCCGCUGCUGGUCCUGCGCCGUCUAUCAGCCAGCAACAUUCUUCUGUGUCGAUGAGGCGGGUAAAGUUGCCAGAAUUGAAGCUGCCUACGUUCAGUGGAACUUUACGUGACUGGAUCACAUUUCGUGAUACAUUCAAGAAUCUUAUCACUGAUAACGCUCAUUUGUCGGAGAUUGACAAAUUCACAUACCUCCGAUCAUCCUUGUCUGGAGAGGCUUUGCAAGAAAUUGGAUCGAUUGAACUCACAUCGGAUAAUUAUUCGAUAGCAUGGAGCCAGCUUGAAUCGCGGUACGAGAAUAAAAAGCUCUUGGUGAAAUCGCAUCUUGAUGCGCUGCUUUCGGUAGACCAAAUGAAAAGGGAAACGUUCGAGUCUCUCAAUCACCUGCUCAACGAGUUUGAAAAACACUUGCAAAUAUUAGGCAAACUUGGAGAGGAAACCGCGAAUUGGAGCACUAUUUUGGCACACAUCCUGGCUAGUAAAUUAGAUGCCGCAACGUUGCGCCUUUGGGAAACCGAACAUCGAUCUCGAGAGGUCCCGACGUACACUAAAAUGUUUCAGUUCCUGAAAAAUCACUGCAUUGUUCUGCAAUCGGUUAUGCCAAAGAGUUGUCAUCCAUCCGAUUCUAAAAGGUCACAACGGUCGUUCAGCAGCUAUGCAGGAACACAAGUUGCUUGUCCUUUCUGUAGUGACGAAAAGCACUUUGGUUCACAAUGUAAGAAGUUUAGAUCGAUGAAAGUGGAAGAGAGGAGGAAUGCAGUGAAAAAUAAUCGAUUGUGCUUCAACUGUUUAUCCAGAGGUCAUGGGUCAAAAUCCUGUUCGCGAGGUUCCUGCCGAGUAUGCGGACAACGACACCACACGAUGCUGCACCUAAGCUCAAAUCAGACUGAUAACACAUCUCCUGUUUCACAACCGACGCGACCGCAACCGACUCUAGGGAACCCACACACGACACAGACACCAACAACCUCACGACCACAGACCCAAGCACACACUCAAACUCACCAGCAGGUACCUAAUCAAAAUACACAAAACGCACUUUCAUUUCCAAGUUCAAGAACUCAUGCCCAGACGCCACCCACCACAGACACAACCACAAACCACAAUAUUGUCCUCUCUGCCAACGAAACCAAGGCAUCACGAUCGGUAUUACUUGCUACUGCACUCGUGAUACUUGAAGAUCAUUUUGGAAACUCUAUCCUAGCUAGAGCUCUGCUUGAUAGCGGAUCUCAGCUGUGCUUCAUGUCAGAAAACAUCUCUCAACGGCUGAAAUUUAAACGGUCCAAGGAAACGCUUUCUAUCAGUGGAAUUGGACAAACCACGAAGAAAUGCAAGCAAUCUGUCGUGGCUCGCAUUCGUUCCCGUGUAUCCUGCUUUGCUGAGAAGGAAACAUUUUACGUCAUCCCACAAGUAACACAGAAUUUGCCACUCGCAAGAAUAGACACAAAUGAUCUCAAUAUUCCGGCCGAUAUAGCACUUGCAGAUCCCCAUUUCUUCGAGCCAGGCUCAAUAGAUUUAAUCGUUGGGGCAGAACUUUUCUACGACGUGCUUUCGGCUGAUAAAUUUAAGCUAGGAGAUAAUGGUCCUACUCUGCAAAAUAGUGCCUUUGGGUGGAUUGUUUGCGGUCGUGUUUUGAAUUGCACAAGCCAUCAACCAGUUGUUGCCAGCGCGUGUGGUGACCAUUUGGACAACUUGAUAACGAGAUUUUGGGAACUAGAGACGUGUCGCUCCACUAGCACCCUUUCAAUAGAAGAAGAAGCCUGCGAGACGUGGUUUGAUCGUACAACUAUCAGAGACACUCGUGGGAGAUUCAUCGUAACAUUGCCAAAGAAGGAUCACCUUAUAUCUCGCCUCGGAGACUCGAAAAAUACUGCACUCAAACGGUUUCUCGCACUGGAAAGGCGGCUGGCUGGCAACGAUAAAAUUAAACAAAUGUACAUCCAGUUUGUCGAAGAAUACUUGCGCUUGGGCCACAUGAGAGAAGUCACUGAGGAUAUAGAAUCAUCGGCUCAACAGUAUUAUAUACCACAUCACUGUGUACUCAAACCGGAAAGUUCGUCAACAAAACUGCGGGUUGUUUUCGAUGCGUCGUGCUCUACUACCAGCGGAAUUUCCCUCAAUGAUGCCUUAAUGGUUGGUCCCACAGUUCAAGAUGAUCUGCUCUCGAUCGUCAUGCGCUUUAGGCUCCAUCGAUUUGCUAUAGUCGCGGACAUUGAAAAAAUGUACCGCAUGGUCCAUGUUCAGCAGCGUGAUUGGCAAUUCCAGCGUAUUUUCUGGAGAAGCAAUCCUAACGAGUUCAUUCGCAUCUUUGAGCUUAAAACGGUUACGUAUGGCACAGCAUCUGCCCCAUAUUUGGCGACAAAAUGUUUGAAACGACUGGCAGAGCUCGACGGUGGAACAUUUCCGGAUGCUGCGAAGGUAUUAGCGGAAGAUUUCUAUGUGGAUGAUAUGAUGUCGGGCGUAGACAGCAUCGAGGAAGGUGUGCAGCUGUGCGCUGAGAUACAGAGACUGCUAAGCGGCGGCGGAUUUACGCUCAGAAAAUGGAGCUCGAAUUGCCCCGCAGUCCUCGAGCGUAUACCUGAAGACUGCAAGGACGAGCGGACUUGCUUUGAAUUAGACGACUCAAGUGCGACAGUGAAAACUCUUGGACUUAUUUGGGAACCGAGAUCGGACUGUUUCAAAUUCAAGGUUCCUGCCUGGAACCCAUCUGAUAUUUGUAAACGAGUUGUGGUUUCGGAUUUGGCACGAGUGUUCGAUCCGCUUGGACUAGUUAGCCCUAUAAUUGUCGCAGCGAAAAUUUUCGUCCAGUCUCUCUGGCAACAGAAAGUCACUUGGGACGAUAUACUCGCUACAAACUUGCAGUCGUUUUGGAUCGAGUUUCGACGUAGCUUAGAUCGCCUAGAAGAUUUAAGAGUUCCGAGAUGGCUAGCGUUCGGCAAGGACUGUCGUUCCAUACAGCUACACGGUUUCUGUGACGCCUCUGAAAAGGCCUACGGGGCAUGUAUUUACUUACGGUGUACACAUUUCGAUGGUAGUGUCACAUCGCGCCUGAUUGCUGCAAAAUCAAGAGUGGCGCCGAUAGAGGACGUGAAAGGGCGAAAGAAGAAACUGUCGGUCCCUAGGUUGGAGUUGUCCUCUGCGCUGGUACUUGCUCAUCUACACGAGAAGGUCAUAAAGAGUUUAAAAUUAACAGUGCGAAGGUGGUUAACGGCAGACUCUGAAAUUGUUCGGUACUGGCUAGCAUCGAGUCCAUCACGCUGGCAAAUGUUUGUAGCAAACAGAGUGUCAGAAAUCCAACACUCAACACGUGAAGGGAAGUGGAACCAUGUUCCGGGUACAGAGAACCCGGCUGAUAUCCUAUCGCGUGGCACUGUUGCAGAACAAUUACUAGAGAAUCAACUUUGGUGGAAUGGACCAUCGUGGCUUGUACAGGAUGAAAGCACAUGGCCAAUGGCAGAUGAUGUACCACUAACAAACUUCGAUACCCGUUUCCUGGAAGAAAACACUGCCAUAUCGGUUGUAGCCAACAUGGCUCCACCGAAUGAAAUUUUCAGUCUGCGGUCGUCUCUCAUGGACUUAGUAAAACUCACUGCUUGGUUACUCAGGUUCAUACAUAAUAGUCGCCAAAAGAACCACAGCGAUAGGCGGCAAGGAGCUCUAAUGUUCGCCGAACGGGAAGCCGCACUUAUUCAGCUCGUGAAACUUGCUCAGCGGGAGCGGUUUGAUCAGGACAUCAAAGAAUUACUGCGGAAAAAUCAAGUGAAAUCAUCGUCUCGUCUCAAUUCUCUCUGUCCGCGGCUACUGGAUGGAGUAAUGCGUGUCGGCGGCCGGCUCGCGAAUGCACAAAUCUCGUCAGGAAGAAAGCAUCCAAUUAUUCUGGAUAAGGAUCAUCCACUAACUACUCUUGUCAUGCUCCAUUACCACCAUAAAAUGCUUCAUGCUGGCCAACAACUGCUUAUUGCUAGCGUUCGAGAUCGGUUUUGGCCUAUUGGUGUUUGUAGUCUCGCUCGUCAAACUAUUCACCGUUGUGUUACCUGUUUUAGGAACAAGCCAACCGUUCAUGAACAAUUAAUGGCAGACCUGCCUUCAGAGCGUGUUACGCCAGCGCCACCCUUCCUGAGAGUCGGGGUCGAUUAUUGCGGACCGUUUCAGGUUGUGUAUCCAAACCGAAGAGCAGUCCCGGUAAAAUACUAUGCCGCGAUUUUCGUUUGCCUAGUGACCAAAUCGGUUCACAUUGAGACUGCUGCAGAUCUGACGACGGCAGCAUUCUUGGCGGCUUUCAGAAGGUUUGUUGCAAGGCGCGGCAAGCCGUCAGUUGUCAUGUGCGACAACGGUUGUAACUUCGUUGGGGCUAGACGUGAACUAGACGAACUUCGCCGAGUGUUUCUCGCUCAGCAGUCACAGCAGACAAUCGUAUCAGAAGCAGCCGAUGAAGGAAUCGAGUUUAAGUUCAUCCCAGCUAAAUCCCCAAAUUUCGGGGGCCUCUGGGAGGCCGCGGUGAAAUCGAUGAAGCAGCACCUUAGAAGAGCAAUCGGAACGAAAACUCUAACACCAGACGAACUACAGACGGUACUUGUUCAGAUUGAGGCCUGCUUAAACUCAAGGCCUCUCACACCUUUGAGUAACGACCCGGGAGACUUCGAAGCUCUAACGCCAGGGCAUUUUUUAAGUCAACGCCCACUAACCGCAAUUCCAGAACCAUCACUACAGGAAGUUCCCGAGAAUAGGCUAUCUCGGUGGCAACGUACGCAGGAUUUUCUGCAACGAAUAUGGCGAAAAUGGUCUACACAAUAUCUGUCCGACCUCCACAAUCGAACCAAGUGGACGAGACAGCGAAACAACUUGUUCGUCGGCACAAUGGUCCUGGUCAAGGAAGACAAUCUUCCUCCACUCAAAUGGGCUCUAGGUCGAGUAACACAUGUGACUAAAGGCGCUGAUGGAAACAUCCGGGUGGUCACAGUUAAGACCAAAGAUGGCAGUUAUACUAGGGCAAUCAGCAAGAUUUGCGUUUUGCCCAUCCGUGACAACGAUCAAAUUAAUGCAGAAGGGAAGAAUUGA